CAAAUCCGCCCACACGAGGCUUCUGCCUAAGGGGAAUUUACAUAUCCAUUGCUUAUUGGCUGCUGGCAAGCACUCGCUCUUCUCAUUGGCUGACGACGUCGGACGGAGUUCUGCGUAGGAUGCUCGCCGGGUGUCGGGACCCAGUAGGGUCACGGUCACCUAUAUUUCCGCUUCCGGUUUACCUCCGGAGUCAUGGCGACCGCGCGGGGGCCUAGGUACCUAUUGACAUCAGGCAGAUGGUGCCACGGCCUUCAAGGAGUUCCCCAGACCCGGGCGCUCGCCGCCCUCGUGCCUGGCGUGACCCAGGUAGAUAACAAGUCCCAUUUUCUGGAGAAGAGACCCCAUCGCCAACACCCUGGCAUCCUGCAACUGCCACACGUACGGCUACCGGAGGCAUUGGCUAACGCUGCGCGAUUGCUGUUGCAUGAGAGCGCAAUGCCCAAUGUGGAGAAACAGGUGCAAGCACUGACCAAUUAUCUCUGGAGUCGACAUUUGCCUGUAGAGCCAGAGGAGUUGCAAAAACGGGCAAUGCAACUUGAGAAAAAAUUCCUGGAAGACCCAGACACACCUCAGACAGAGGAGAAACUUCACAGGGCAGUGCUACAUGCCCUGCGCAAAACUACCUACCAUUGGCAAAAACUGAGCUACAAUGAGGGACUCAGCCUGGUGUAUAUGGCAGCAAGACUGGAUGGUGGCUUUGCAGCAGUCUCCAGAGCAUUCCAUGAGAUCAGGGCUCGAAUUCCAGAGUUUCAGCCACAAACCCUGAUGGACUUUGGCUCGGGUACUGGUUCUGUCACCUGGGCUGCUCACAGUACUUGGGGCCAGAGCCUACAUGAGUAUAUGUGUGUGGACAGUUCAGCUGCUAUGUUGGAUUUGGCAGAAAAACUACUGAAAGAUGGUUCAGAUUCUGGGGAGCCUCAUAUUCCAGGUGUCUUUUUCAGACAGUUUCUACCAGUAUCACCCAAGGUACAAUUUGAUGUGAUAGUAUCAGCCUUUUCCUUAAGUGAACUGCCCAGCAAGGCUGACCGUACUGAGGUAAUUCAAACCUUGUGGCGCAAGACAAGUCAUUUCCUGGUAUUAGUGGAGAAUGGAACAAAAGCUGGGCACCGCCUUCUCAUGGAUGCCAGGGACCUGGUCCUUAAGGUAAGAGAGAAGUCACCUUUGGACCCUCGACCUGGUUUUGUCUUUGCACCUUGUCCCCAUGAACUUCCUUGUCCGCAGUUGACAGCCUCUAAGCCCUUGGCCUGUAGCUUAUCCCAGGCUUACCAUCCCAUCCCCUUCAGCUGGAACAAGAAACCAAGGGAGGAAAGGUUCUCUAUGGUGAUUCUUGCCCGGGGAGCUCCAGAGGAGGCUAAUCGCUGGCCCCGAAUCACUCAACCUAUCCUUAAGCGCCCUCGCCAUGUGCAUUGUCACCUGUGCUGUCCAGAUGGGCAUAUGCAGCAUGCUGUGAUCACAGCCCGCCAGCAUGGCAGGGAUUUGUAUCGGUGUGCUCGUGUCAGCUCCUGGGGAGAUCUUUUACCUGUGAUCACUGCAUCUGAGCUUUCUCCAUCCUCUGCUGAAGAUCCUCCUGAAAAUUGACAAGGAUAUGUAACAAGUUUUUUCUUCUAUCAUGUUUGCUGAGACUGAAGCUACCUGGCAUCCAGGGUGGGAAUGCUGGUACUCCCAUAUGUCUGUGUUUGAGAUUUUAAUAAUAACAACAAUAAAUUUUUAAAGAAGGGAA